AUGCGUUCUCUGAUUCUCGGGGCCCUGGUCCCUACUGUGCUUGGACUUGCUAGCCACCAUGUCCUACUGUCCAACGACAGAACGUCUCUGACGUUUCUAUACCAGAACAACCUGAAUGCGUCAGAUGAGACCAACCAUAUCGGUGCCAUUCUCUUGGACCCCAUGAAACAACAUGACGUUCGGGAUGCCUGUCAGGAGAUCGGAGAGUCGCUCAUUUCCUAUUCGAGCGUCGAUUCCCACAAGGAUGACUUCCGGAAGCUCUUCUCAUGGCUUUCACACUCGAAUAAGACAAAGCCGAACGCGCAUUUCUAUGUCCGGGAAGGCCUGCUCGCUGUGUCGCCGGACUCGGACGAUUUCGUUCUUUCGAGCUUCCCGCUGCGAAACGCUGAGCUACCGGUUCUGUGCACCCAGACAGGCAAUGCGUCUGUGGCUGAGGAUACAGCGAGCCACACAAAAGAGCUCCGGGUCAUGUCCGAGGGCAACUCUUAUAUCGGAUUCCGGGACCAGAAGUCGUUCCGCUUCCUGGGUAUCCCGUACGCCGACCCUCCCCAACGAUUCAGGAAUACGACACUCUACUCGCGCAAAGCCAAGACCAUCCAUGCAACGAAUUAUGGUCCGCCGUGUGCCCAGAAUGGAGGUGGCAGCGAGGACUGCCUCUACCUGAAUAUCCAAACACCUUACAUCCCCAAACAGGGCUUGCGUGAGGGCCUAAAGCCUGUCAUAUUUUGGAUUCAUGGCGGCGGGUUUACUGGAGGAUCCGGUGCUGAUGUUCUCACGGACGGCGGUAAUCUGGCAUCUCGCGAGGAUCUUGUCGUGGUAACCUUCAACUAUCGGUUGUCGACUCUGGGUUUCUUGGCUAUUCCCGGUACCGACCUCAGGGGAAAUUAUGGUAUCGCGGAUCAGAUUCUCGCUCUCGAGUGGACGGUCAAGAAUAUUGCGCAGUUUGGAGGCGACCCGGGGCGGAUCACAAUCAUCGGCGAGUCCGCGGGUGCUGGGUCGGUCAGAGUGCUGCUGGGAUCUGCGCCUGCCUCAGGGAAGUUCCAGGGCGCCAUUGCCAUGUCCAAUCUCGGGGGCGGCGUCGGCCUGGGGCUGGACGGCGACGAUGCAACAACAUACAGCUCGUACCCGACGAUCGACGAAUCCUACAAGCGUGUCGGUCCGCAGAUAUUCUCCGAACUCGGCUGCAACCCCGGCAGUCUCCCGGAGCAGAUCGCUUGUCUGAAGAAAGUUCCCGCGUCGGCCCUGGUGGAAUCGCAGACCGUUGCGCGAUAUGUUGUCCAGGACGGCUACUACGUAACCACCAGCGAGCUCAACCUCAUCCAGAAAGACGUCACCACCUCCAACGUCACCGUCAUGUUCGGCAUCGUUGCCCACGACGGCGCCUCAUUCAGCACAUACCCCACGACCCCGGUCAAGUCCCAGCUCGAGGGCAUCCAAGUCGGGCUGGCGAUCAGCGAGAAGCACGCGCAGCGCAUCAUCGACUCGGGCCUCUUCCCAUACCACGACACCGGCAACGUGACGCUCGACUCCUUCAACGUCUCGCAGCGCGUCGCAACCGACCUGCGGUUCCGCUGCAUCGACCAAGCCACCGUCUUCGCCGGCGCGGUCUCCGGCGUCUUCCGGGAGGCGUACUACUACCAACUGCAAAGAUCAUCCGGCGGCUACGACCCGAACAAUCUCGGCGGGCCCGCGGAUACGCCCCAGCGCCCCCGGGGCGACCCCGACCUGCCCUACUUCCGCCUCCACGGCGCCCAUCUACCCUGGCUCUUCGGGACGUUAGCGGCGCUGCGCGAUCCCCUGGAUCUGUUCUCCAUGCAGCUGACGUCUGCUUACUUCGCCGAGUUCGUCCGGUCCGGCCAGCCGAACCCGGCGCCCGAGUACCUCAAGGCAAGGGGGUACCAGCAGACCCUCGACGCCAUCAACAGCUUUGACAAGUGGGAGCCCGUGUCGCACUCCGAGGGACCGAUUCAGCUCCUUGAUUUCCCCAGCGACCGGGCUCCUUUCCAGGACUUGGCGCAGUGUGAAUUUUUGGGUUAUCCUAUCACAUACUACUUUAAGUGA